AUCAAACAAGUACAAUGUGUAAUAUAAAAUUAUGCUCGAAUAAUGAUGUACCACCUUCGUCAGUAGUUCGCGCCUGUCUUGGACCGUCUUUGGCACAGGUGUUUUUUGACUAUACACAUCACGAUACGAUAAAACUGUUGGAUGUGCUGACAUCAUUAAAAACAUCAAAAACAUGUUUCUCAAUUCCAUCCGACGAUCCUUUACCCAAAAGUAAAUUCGUACCACCGACAGAUUAUCAAAUCAUAAAAGCACUCGUACAUCAAAAUAUAUUAGAAAUCGGCGGAGCACUCUUGGAAGGUGUGAAGAAGCAAAUCGAAGAGAGUCUGAAAGAAAAAGUAGAAAAGCAAUCACGAGAAAAGUUUUAUUUGUAUCAAGCAAAGAAAAGGCGUGAAAACCAGUUAUACGCUCAACAAUUGCACGAAAAAUACAACAAUUAUAUUGAAACUGUUCGACACGAACUACAGAAACAGCUUGAAAAAGAAUGGUCCACGGCAGCCGAAGAAUGUGCGAAAAACACUCAAAAAGCAGUUGUGCAAGAACGAAUAAACGUGACCCACGAAAUGAUGCGAAAGAUGCGUGCAGAAAUGACUCACGUUGUGCAAUCGCUGUAUAAGGAAUUUGAAGAAUUAUUUUGCGCGAAAAGGAAUAACAUAAUUGCAGAUUUCAAUCAAAUUAUGAGGUUUAUAUCUGCGUGUUCGUUGAUAAUACUUAUAAUUAACCUGAAUGAAAAUUUGUACAGGGAGAAGCAUGUAAAAUUGAAAAAAGAAAUGCAAGACUUCAAGGAAAAAGUGAACAAAGAUUUGUAUAUCCAGAGGCGUCAGUUUGAAAUGCAGAACACCGCAGAUAUAAUUUAUACCCUCUGUUUGGAACGGUUACGAAAUAACAGGGAGAAGCAUACUAUGCAUAAAUACUUUGAGACUCGAUAUACUUGGAUGAUAAAAUUCACGCAUCAUAACAGAUGUUUGCUCAAAUUUACUGCGUGAAAUAGGUGCAUGAUCUUUUAGACGCCAUCCAUAUAUCCAAUUCGUGCAAUCCGGAUAGUAAUAACGAUUUUCUGGAACGUCUUUUAAUCUAAACCGUGAUAAAACUUGGAGCGUCUUCGUACAGAAUGGCUCUUACUUGCGGGUCGAUGGGUUUCAUUAUGUUCAUAUUGAUAGAGCCAUCGGGUUCAAGUGGUCUCCAAUUUGGUUGAUAAAAAUCGAUUGAUCAUCGUGAAUUCUGCAAACGUAUGUAAAAUCAAAUUUUGGAGAUAAUAACAAAAACUGGGCGGCUGACAUUACUUUUUACUCUAUUCAAAGUGAGUAUUUAUUUAAACAAUUAAAGAGAAUAUACAAUUAAAUUUUGCGCGAUAAUUAAAUUUGAAAGAUGUGACUGUAAAUGCAAAAUGUACAUUUAUUAAAUAUCGGACACCAUAUAAACAUAUGUUAUU